UGAGGGCAAAUUGGGUGAAGAUUGAAGCCCGGCUGGUGGACAAAUUCAAACCCCUCUGUUCUUCCCGUCUCGACAGCUCUGAUUGUUUUACGUUUGUUCAUAGUGUUUCAUGUCGGACCUGCGUGAGACGCUUCGUUCACAGGCACAGCCAGUUUAGGAAGUACAGUACUCUAUCGGCUUCCAGCUCUCUCGCCGCUGAGGGGCAGAGUGGACAGACAGAUAUAACUCCUCAACCGCUAGUAUUCUAAGGAUAUCGUUUAUCUAAAUCUGCAAGGACGGCGAUAAAGCUGUGGGUUGUACCAUGCUUUCCAGUUUAUUAAAUAUCACACCUGAAUUGGUGUCUUAUUACUAUGUCCGGUGUUGGGGCCGAUGUACAUCAGCCAUUGUGAGGAGUGUAAAGAUCCAUAAAUGUCUGCAGAGGAAUUUGGGUUCAGCAGCAUCCUCGUUCGCAGGGACAGAACAGGUCUUCACCAGGGCUGCUGACUUUGCAGACAGACUAGCUAUUGUGGAUGAUCGUGGACGUUAUACAUACAGGGAUCUAUAUAGAUGCAGUCAGGCCCUUUCAAGGAAGAUUCAGAGUGCCUUGAGUUGUUCUGAUGGUGAUAUUAGGGAGCAGAGAAUUUCAAUCCUGUGUCCAAACGAUGCAUCUUUUGUGAUUGCGCAGUGGGCUUCCUGGAUGGCUGGUGGUGUUGCAGUGCCACUCAGCCAUAAGCACCCAGCUUCUCAGCUGGAGUAUGUUGUUCAUGACUCUCAAAGCACUUUAAUCAUUGUGGAGGAGGAUUAUGUCAAAUCGGUUACACCAGUUGCUCACAAACUGCAGGUGAAAUGCCUUCCAUUGUACAAGUCCCACCGACUGGCCCUUGACACCAUGCAACCAGACCAAUGUGCUGGCACUCGAGUGGCAGAUGCUCCCUACAUUGUGACGGACUGGAGAGCCAGAGGAGCCAUGAUCUUGUACACCAGUGGAACAACAGGACAGCCCAAAGGCGUCCUCACCACAUAUGGCAUCUUGAAGAGUCAGAUAACCUCGCUGGUGAAGCAGUGGGAAUGGAGCAAAGACGAUGUUAUCCUGCAUGUAUUACCUCUACACCAUCUGCAUGGAAUCCUCAAUAAGCUACUGUGUCCACUCUGGGUCGGUGCUGCCUGUGUGAUGCUGCCAGAAUUCAAUGCUCAGCAGGUUUGGGAGUACCUGCUGAAAACCAGUGGUACAGGAGCUCCACGCAUCAACGUGUUCAUGGCAGUACCCACCAUCUAUGCCAAACUCAUUGAAUACCACACCAAGAAUUUCACUCAGAGCCAUGUGAGGGAUUUCAUUCGCAGCAUAUGCCAGAGCAACAUUAGAUUAAUGGUGUCAGGAUCUGCUGCUCUUCCGCAGCCAAUCUUGGAGAAGUGGAAAGAAAUCACUGGCCACACGUUGCUGGAGCGCUAUGGGAUGACAGAGAUAGGAAUGGCUCUGUCAAACCCUUUGCAUGGGGCCCGUGUACCAGGGGCUGUUGGGAACCCACUGCCAGGAGUGGAGGUGCGAAUUGCAAUAGAAAACUCCACAAGGAACCACUCCUCUUACACUGUCAUUGCUGAGGGUGACAAUACAGGCACUAAGGUGGAACCUGGAUUCGAAGGCAGGGAUGGAGAGCUGCAGGUUAAGGGAACAUCACUAUUCCGAGAAUAUUGGAACAAGACAAAAGAAACCGCAGAAUCAUUUACAUCAGACGGCUGGUUCAAGACAGGGGACACUGUGUGUUACAGAGAUGGUGUUUACUGGGUUCUGGGUCGAAGCUCAGUGGACAUCAUAAAGAGUGGAGGAUACAAGAUCAGUGCACUGGAUGUUGAGCGCCACCUCCUGGGCCAUCCCCAUAUUGCAGACGUGGCAGUCAUUGGUGCCUCAGACCUGACAUGGGGGCAGAAGGUGGUGUCUGUUGUCCAGCUACACCAGGGUUGUGUCCUCUCCCUGAAGGAGUUGCGAGAAUGGGCCCGGGAGCACAUGGCCUCGUACAGCAUUCCUUCGGAGCUGAUCCUGGUGGAGCAGAUUCCUCGUAACUACAUGGGCAAAGUGAACAAGAGGGAGCUGCUGACGCAGUUCUUCCCCCCAGCUGGGCGUCACUAGCAUCACCUGACACAGCAUGGACCCCCUCACCUGUCCCACAGCAUGUGGCCAGCGCUGAACCGACCAGUCUCAGGGCUCAAGGUUAUUUCCUGGGCGUGGACAAGUGAUCGGACUGCCUGUACCUGACUGUGUGUGUGCAUCCACGUCUGAUUCUGUCCACCUGUGUCAACCCGCAUCUGCCCUUCUCUGCCUGUGGGUGCCUGCGUCCACGGUGUGUGCUAUAGGAGGGAGUGUUAGCUACUCUGUGGCGCAGGGAGUGGCAUUGGACUCCAUGUCCCAGGGCUGAUUACUUUCCGAGGAUGGGGAUGAGACAUUUGGCAGUAAAGGAGGUGUCCGAAAUUUCAGUUGCCCACUGUGAUCCCUCACCGUUAUUUUCCCAACCACACUCUCUCUGUUGCUUUUUAGUCAUGGAACCACAGAGAGUUUACAAUAGAGAAGGAGAUCAUUUGGCCCAUUGUGUCUGUGUUCGUCAAACCCAAUGCACCUGCCACCAUGGUUCAGUGACCUGUUGGUCAGGCAUCAGGGGCACCACCAGUCCUGGUCCAUGGGGCCCACUAACCUCAGUCAUUGACCACGGGUCUUGUUCGUCCGCAGCGUUUACUAGGCCAUGUCCAUACACAGUGUUACGUACCCCGUACUGGGCUGCCAAACCAGCAGAAAUGGAUCACUCAGUUGGAGUCUGGAUUACUAGAACUAAGAAAGUUUUAUUAAAGAAACAAGCAACACAGUACUCUAAUCAAAAGGAUAAUAAAUGCAACAGUUCGGCAAUGAUAAACACACAUGUACACAGAAUUAGGAUAACAGGAUCAAUCAAGCUCUAUCGUCGUCUAGGGGUAAAUGACCAGUUUCAAAGUGACGCAAAGUUCAGUUCAAUUGAAUUCAGUUCAGUUCGCAGUAAUCACUGCCGUGGGAGAUGGACAGUGAGGGGGAAGGAGAGAGAGAGCAAAACGAAUGAAUAUUCAAACGGCUUCCACACAGACCUUCGAUAUUCUUCGUAGUCAGCUUUUGGGUGAGCCCUUUGUGAUGUCUUCUGAGGUCACCGACCGUGACCCCUCCGUUUCCAGAUAUGAUUGUUUCUCUGCGGUGAACCUGGCACCCAGGCAAGGGCGGACACACACCAGGUUCCCGCUGAUCGUGCCUUUCCACCCUGUGCGUCUAUGGCUUGGUCCCGCGACCAGCCUUCCAAAAUUUCCCAGCGACUUAUGGGAGGCACACCGCUUCCAGGGUCUCGUUACCUCGGGGUGUCGUGUGUCUUGCCUUAGCGAACCUGUCCCUUUUUAUCCCCCUGCUGGGGUAUCGCCUGUCCAUCACUUCAAACAGUUCAGGGUUCAAAGGGGGAGCCGAUCUUAACAGCUCUCCUUCCGUUAAACUCUCCCGUCCCUUCAUUAACAUCUCCAAAUGCUGCUCCAUUGUUUUCCUUAUCUCUCGCUUUCUCCUGAAGACAGGUGGCAGACCAACUGCUGAUCCCACUGGUGCCAGCACAGACCAGCUAACAUCUUAAUCUAUGUGUAUUCUCGUCACACCUCCCACCUUUAAGGGUUUUUACUGGAGUAAAAAUUACAAACAUGAAUACAUUAUUUGAUACACACAAAUAUACAUCUUUAUCAGCUAUUUGGCUAAUACAGCGAAUUUGAAGUUGUCAACACCUGA